AUGUUGCGGCGAAUUCGAUUCGACCGACUUGGAUCUUUCCCGAUCCCGCCACAGACCGCCCUCUCACACCUCUUUCCACAACAAUAUGCUCCGCUAUCUUUCUCGCGCGCCCUCCCGCGGGCGCCCCCGCGCGCAAUUCCCGUUGUUGCGCGCCCGCACCACCUCACGGUGGUGGCGGGGCGGCGGAACCACGGGGGAGGCGCGAUGAAGCAGCGGCCAAAGGACUGGCGCCCGCAAUCCACCCCCUUCCACGCUCGCAACCGCAGCCCCCGGCGGAACGACCGCGCCGUUCCGCUGGGUCCGCGGGGCGGAAACGGGGGCGAUGGCGGAGACGGUUCCGCGGAGAGCGCAGGGCGGAUGCAGCGCGAUGUGGCGGACCUGGGCGCGGAUUGGCGGCUGGGGCCUAGGGAAGCAGUGGGAAGAGUUAUGUCCGCUCAGGCUAACUUCGUACGCGUGAUUGUAACGAGAUGCGGUGUAGAAGGCGAGAGAGAGGGCAUCGAGGUGCGAGGAGAGGAGUCGGACCGAAGCAGUAACGGUCAAUCACUCCAAGGUGGGCAACGGGAGACUCCAAGAGGCGCAGCGGAGCAGCAAGUGGGGGAGCAGAGGCUGCAGGCGGAGGGCGCGGAGGGGAGAGAGGGGAAAGAGGGUACAGAGAGAAGGGAGGGGAGGAGGGAGGAAAGGGGGGGGAGACAGGGGAGGGAGGAGGAGAAGGAGGGGGGACAGGGGCGAGAUGAGGAGAGGGAGGGGGUUGAGUUGCUGUGUGUGGUGCGAGCACUGCUGAAGAAACUCAGGAGGAGGGUUCUAGUGGGGGACGUUGUAAGGCUAGGUGGAAUUGAUUGGGCUGCCCGCCAGGCUGUUGUUCAAGACGUAGCCCUGCCCCGGGCAUCUGAAAUUUUGGACCCGCCUGUCGCGAACGCCGACCACCUGCUGCUGCUUUUUUCGCUUGCCCAGCCGCCGCCCGAGCCGUCGAACGUGAGCCGGUUUCUGGUGGCUGCGGAGGCGACAGGUGUCGCCGUGUCAUUGGUGUUCAACAAGGCGGAUCUUGUGGAUGAGGAGGCAGUGCGGGAGUGGCAGCAGCGGGCAGCAGAGUGGGGUUAUCAAAUGCUCACAUGCAGUGUGGAGCGGCGAAUUGGAAUCCGCCAUCUGGCGGGCCCGGGAGGCCUCCUGGCGGGUCGCACUACAGUGAUUGCGGGGCCGAGUGGGGUUGGCAAGUCCAGCCUUAUUAACGCAGUUUUGGGGGAGGCUUAUAACGGGGACGCUUAUAAUGGGGAGGUUUGUGAUGCGGAUGGCUUGAAAGAGGGAGGGGAGGGAGAAGGUGGAGAGGCUAAAUAUGAGGAGUUGAGGGUUGGGGAGGUUUCGAAGCGGAGUGGGAGGGGGCGACACACAACACGCCACGUGGCACUUGUGAAAAUACCAGAUGUGGCUAUAGAGGGAGACCAUGCCGCGACAGUACCAGAUGUGACUAUAGAGAGAGACGCUGCUGCAUCAGUACCAGAUGUGACUAUAGAGGGCGACAUGACCGCAACAGUACAGGAUGUGAUUGUAGAGGGAGACACGAUGGGGCUAAUGGAGGGACAGCAGCAGCGGUCACAGCAGCAGCAGCAGUUGCAGCAGCAGCAGCAGCAGCAGCAGCAGCAGCAGUUGCAGCAGCAGCAGCAGCAGCAGCAGCAGCAGCAGCAGCAGCAGCAGCAGCAGCAGCAGCAGCAGCAGCAGCAGCAGCAGCAGCAGCAGCAGCAGCAGCAGCAGCAGCAGCAGCAGCAGCAGCAGCAGCAGCAGCAGCAGCAGCAGCAGCAGCAGCAGCAGCAGCAGCAGCAGCAGCAGCAGCAGCAGCAGCAGCAGCAGCAGCGGCAGCAGCAGCGGCAGUGGGGGGUUGCUAGCAGACUCACCGGGGUUCAGCCAGCCAUCGCUGGCCAACGUACUUGUUUUCAUAUGUCGCUCAACCAAAGCUUCAGCCAGCCAUCCCUCCCCAACGUCUCCCCUUCUGCCAUCCCCAUGCUCUUCCCUGAGGUUACCUCCUGUGUCUCCACUCUUCCCUCCUCUUAUCUGCAUAUAUUUCUCCCUCAUCCUUCUUUCUUCCCCAUCCUUUUCUCUCCCCCAUCACUCCCUAUCCCACAUCCAUCUCCUUCCCCUACCCUCCUCUCCCACCCCAACCCUUCUCCCCCCCUUUCCUCUCCCCCUCCUCCUCAUUGCCCCUUUGCACCCUCACUUCUCGCAACAAUGCAGAUUCGCACUCGUCUGGCCGCCUCCCCCACCUCCUGUGCAUUCGCCGAUUGUCGCCACAUCAGCGAGCCCGGGUGUGCGGUGGACAGCGGUUGGGAGCGGUACCGGCACUACGUGAUGCUGAUGGACGAGAUCAGAGCGCGGGAAGCAGCGGAAAUCCGGGCCGUUGGUACCAAGAGGGAAGGGGAUGUGAGGUUGAAGAGUGGGGGGUAUGGGGUGGUGGUGGCAGAGCCAAGACUAGAAGCAAAGAAGCACCGGAGGGAAUCGAGGAAGAAAGGCAAGCAGCUGCUGCUGCAACAACUGGCUGUGGAGGACGAGGAGGAUGAGGAAGUAGUGGGGUUUGCAGGGGGGUACGAGGGGAGUGAGAGGAGGCGGUGA